AACAAAAGAAUAUGACUCAUAAUUCUCCACAGUAUUAUAAAUGAUCAUAGUUUGAUGAAGCCGGGAAAGUAAUACCGAUAAAACUGAACGGCCGCCAUUUUUGAUCCGGUAUCCAGUUCCUGUGAUACAUCCGCGCUGACUACAGUCGGAAGACAAACAGCAACACGUCACGUACCUGCGCUUCAUCAGGUGAAGUUGUGAGUGUAGUUGUUUAUCUCGACUUACUGUAAAACGUUAGAGUCAAACAGACUUUUAUUGUGAAAACAGUUUUAGGAUUGUAGACCGUCACGCACCGCGCGUGUCGCCCACGUGCAGGAUGUCGUCGUGGUCCGUGUACGCGCUGCUCGCGGGGGUUCUGAGCGCAGCCGCGUCUCUGUCCGCCAAACUGUCCGUCGGUGCCGGUCCGCUGAGGGGCAUGUGCGAGGCCGCGGUGGGAGGCUGGACUGGAGCCGAGGGGGCAGCUGCACAGUGUGACUGGCUGCUCGUCCCCCUGCGGCUGCUGUGCGGAGUCUUGCUGUUCGCCUGCAACGCCGUCAUGUGGACCUUCUUCUCCAAGGCUCUGCGCCACUGCUCCUCCUCAGCGAGGGCCACGGUCACCACCACCGCCUCCAACUUCAUCUCCUCAGCCGUCCUGGGGAGGGUGAUCUUCGGAGAGACCCACGCACUUCUGUGGUGGUUGGGCAUCUCCAUCACUCUGUGUGGACUGCUGGUGCUUCACGGAGCCGCACCUCGGACCCCGUCGCAGGCCGAGGACGAGAAGGACAAGUGACGAGAAGAAGUGAUCGGCCUCUUGCUGCUUAUCAAAAAGGUGGUAACUCAGUGUAUGAAUGUUUAUAUCAGGUAAAACUGUGGACUAUGUUGCACAGAGCUGACGGUGAGUCAUCACCAGUCGUCCCUGACACUUCCUCAGACACAGACUGACGUGUCCCUGUUGCAGGUUUUCUUUUUGUAUAUAUUUUUUUGAGUAUAUUUUGUAGCCUAUACAUGUGAGCACUAAAGAUUAUAGCAGGUAUUUGGGGUAAAUACAUUGAAUGGGGGAUGUUCAAUGACCGACUUCUUUCAGUAAUCAUGAAAUGUCUUCUGGCUCAUUCUGUGAAUGAGCCUGAUACAUUCUGCCUCAUCUACCGAUUAUUUUCAUUAUUGAUUAAUCUGUUGAUUAGUUUCUCCAUUAAUUAAUUAGUUGUUUGGUUCAUAAAAUGUUGAAAAAUGUUGAUCGUGUUUCCACCGAACCUCAAGAUGUUUUGUUUUGUUC